AUGGAAUAUAAAAAUACGCAUCUAUUUUACAGUGUCUCUUCGUUCACAUUAUUAAGACUUGUGUUGUUAGCUUAUUUAAUGUAUGAGCCAUAUAAAAAUGUAAUAGCUAACCACAUUGUACGACAAUGUAAAAUAUACUAUUCGUUAACUUUUUAUGAUUGUAUUUUUGUCUUAAACAGUAGAUUGUUCCUAAUGUCAUACAUGCAUAUGGUACCUGAAUCUUCGUGUUCGUUUGACUACUCCAUCAAUAAAUGUUCGUACGCCCAACAAUUGCAGUAUGCGCUCAGUUUUGUAUUAGUAAUUUCAAUUUUUACCAAGGAUGUCAUCCUUUACCUUUUUAUGAAGAACGCAAAACUGAACGACCCAUAA